GCAACAACCGCAAGAGCAAACCUAUCAUUAUAAUCUGAAAAACGCGAGUGCGACGAUUUGUAGUAUAGAAAAUCGAUCGAAACCGAUCAUCGACAGGCCUUUAAAAAACUGGCACAUUUGGAUCGAGAAUUUUGUACCUCGUACAACUAUACGACCUUAUUUUCUCCUUGUGGAAACGCGAAAAUUUGCGUACUGAUCAGAAUUCAUUUCUGCGAAGAAUGUGAAAAGCAGGGGCAUGUGUGGUGUGUGUGUUUGGUCGUUAUUUUGAAUGGAUUUUGAUUCGAAGGAUUGGAUUUAGGUGCUUAAGGCUGUUAACUGGGAUGACGUGCCAGCCAUGGAUACCGCUAUGUUGAGCGUUGGGUCAGCUCCCAGGGUUCUUCCAGCAGUAGUUCUUCGAAUGUACCAGUGCCAAGUGCCAGUUGUUCAUCUCACUGUCCUUCGACGCUUUCACAAUGACGGUGAAAAUGACGUCGGCAAAGUCGCGAUGUGUAGUCUCUGGUGUAGUGUUCUUAAUGACUUUCUUAAUGGCUCAAUGCGUGCCACUAGAUUUCACAACAUCCAGGUACAAAGAAGAAAAACUAGAAUUACAUGACAGUAGCUCUCUACCUCUUCCAUCCCUUUCAAACUCUAAUAAAGUACCUCAAAUAUUCGAUAUUUUCGAUUUUGGACCCAACUUUUUCCUAGCUAAGAACGAUUCAGAUAGCUUGACUGGUCGUCGAUCAAAAAGUCCCGAAAAUGGAGAUUUUCAAUUUGAAGAAAUCUUGAGAAAUUUCAGAACAGUAAAUUUCACCAAUAAUGAUAGUUUUUUCGGUAAUAAAACACCUUCUGGGGAAUCAGAUGAUGAAUCCAGAAAGUUCAGUAACAAGAAAAACUCCGCACUGUAUUCAAAUUUCGAACGAAACACUGUGAAAACAACGAAAAAUAAUAAAAACAAUUCAUCAGUUAAAACAAGCAACGAAGGUAACAAAACUUUGAAACAAACGAAUAGAACGAAAUCAAAUUCUUCCCUAUACACCAACUUCGUAAGGAAACCUAUCAGAAACACGCAAACUCUUCAACCGAUCCCGAAUAAAAUCAAUAACAAAACCGUUUCCCAAAAACCAGGCGUGUUUCAAAUAAAAAUCAGUAAACCGGCGGUAACUCCAAAACCUAUUAAAUUCAUAACAGUCACCCAUAAACCAAUAGUUAUAAACCUAACGAAAGUACCCUCAAACUUCAGUAACUCCUUGGUUAUCACUCAUCCCACGAUGAAAACCACGAGAACUCCUGGUUGGAUCAGCAAAAUCAAAUCUACGACUCCAAUUCCUACUAGCUCAACGAAAAGCAACAGUUUUGGUUGGCCGAACAAUAGAAUCAAAAACAAGAACGAUUGGAACAGGUAUAAGAAUUACACAGAGUUGAAUUUGUCCAAAAAACCUAAUUCUGGUACGAGAAGAAAACCAGCCACACCCAGUACAACUUCCAACAAGAAGAAGAAACCAACAAGGGUGAAGUAUGUGCCAAAACCUGGUCAUAAACCAACGAUCGAAGAAAUCAAACAAAAUUGGUAUGAAAGCGGUGUUCCAUACCCGAACCCAAUGCCUGAAAUAAGCUCAAAUUCACCAACAUUUCCCCUACCUCCUAUAGAAGAACCUCCAACAGGAGCUGACUCCGAUGCAGUGCAACUAGAUGCUGCAGAAGACAACCCUUUAACAAACGCCAUAAGCACUUUCAAUCUAGACAUGCGACCUGCUGCAUCAAACCUCAAAGACUCGAUUGGAGUUGAUGGUAGUGGAUGCCCAACAGUGCACAUCUCAAGUUCUGUUUUGAGCCCCCAACAGCGCCAAGGAUGCUCGGAUUUGAAUCUGGUGAUCAAUUCACAUUUUCACCAAAACACAGCCAGUGAUAGAACUCCCUCUAUUGAUACCUACCAAGCGGAAAACCCCGAGGAGGAUGUACCUGUUGAAGCUGUUGAAGACCCCGUGGAAGAAGGGGCUGAUGCUGGUGUUGGCCAGGCUGAUCCUGCAGCUCCUCAGGCUGAUCCUAUAGGGGCUCAAGCAGAUUCAGCUGGCGGUUCUCCUGGGAGUGGGGGAACCGGUGGUUCUGGCGCUAGUGGGGGAAAUGGAGGUAAUGGUGGGGACGGAAGUAAUGGUGGUAUGGGCUGGCCAGAUAUUAAAGGAAUGUUGGAUGCGAUAGAUUGGGUAGGAAAUAAAUUUGGUGGUAUUCUAAAUUUUUUGAAGAACCCUUAUUUGUAUCUCGUACCUGCAACUCUGUUUUUCUUGAUCGGCUUCUUUUUGAUAUUAGCGCUGUUUCCUUGGUGGAUACCCCUGUUGUUCUUGUUCAUCGGCAUCAAGGCCAAACCAAAACCACAAGUGUUGCAUCAUAAACACGUCCACAAGGCUGUACAUCACCCAGACGGCUGGUUUUGGAACCAUCAAACGAAAACCUGGGAAAAUGUUCAGGAUUACUUACAUAGAAGAAGAAUUGAUAAUAUAAAUUUGAAUCAUAUACCUCAAGCUAUAGACCAAUUCGGGAAAAAAUACGCGUUACAUAAUCCAGCUCUUAAGUUGGUUAAAAGAAGUAGGUGAAAAUUCUUGCAAGAUAGGGAAGAAUAUGAGUUUGUACUCCAAAAUGCAAGACAAAGCCAAGUCUGGCAUUUUUUCGUUUGUUUGAGUAAUUGGUUCAAAUUCUUUAGAACUAUAGGAGUAUUCUCCCUUAUUUUUCAAAGAAAGAAAUAUCUAGUCCCUGAACACAAUGAAAUGAAUCCAAAUCAGAUGAAGUUUCGAUCACCAAUGCGACCAAAACAUUGAGUAUUUGAGGUGCUUUUGAAUGUGAAUAGUCUAUGAGUUUUAAUGAAGGUAUUAUUUAUUUAUUUAUUUAUUUAUUCCUGAUUUUUGGCCAUACUUCUCUGCCUGAGAAAUUUUUGUAUCAUCGAAAUAGAUUUAGUAUUCGAACUGUUGUAAAUAAAUGUUAAAAACAA